AUGUAUAAUUAUAUAGUUACAACUGAUACAAUACCUAAAGAAUUUGGUGAUUGUCCAAUAAGAAGAAAUAGAAUUUCGUGUUACAUUAAUUUACGAUGGCUUUUAACUUCAAAACAAACUGGAAUAUUUAUCAGUUCAAUUGGUGAUGAAAUGAAAAAUUCCUCUUUUAUCUCAGCUGGAAAUGUACUUAGUGCUUAUGCUUAUUUGAAUAUUGAAAGAAAAAAAGAAUUUUUCUUACAUUCAUUUACUUAUUCUUGUUCAAGUGAUCGAUGUAAUGAUAUCAAUACAUUCAAACGUAUUUUAUAUUCAUUAAUUAUUACUGAUCAAUUUAAUGAUAUUAAAAAUAGAUUAAUACCAGUUGAACCAUUUGAUGGUCAUUGGUGUUUAAUGUUUUCAAAUAAAACAUCGAUUGAUACAUGUAGUGAAAAAAUACCAGUGGAUCCAACAGAUUGUAAACAAUGUUCAACAAGAUAUCUUCAGGAUUCAGAAGGAAAUCGAAUCUGUGCUGGUUGUUUCACUGAUCGUUUUCUUUUACCAUCAAUAACUCGUCUUAUAGAAUUUAAUAUUAUUGAUCGAACGACUAAUGAUCGAUCGUUUAUUGAUUGUCAAUCAAAAAAUUGUAAUGGAGUUGAAACAAUGCAAUUAAUUAGAGAGAAAAGUACAAUUCGAUUCAACUAUGAUCAAUUUUUAAAUACUACCCGAUAA